CAACUGCCCGAGGAGCAGCGCCGCGUGCUGCACCGCAAGAACAUUAUCGAGGCCCGCAAGGAGUUUAUCGAGGGACUCAACCUCGUCCGCGAAAAGGAGCAGCAAGACGAGCGCGCCCGCCAAAAGCAGCAAGAGCGCGAGGUGGAGGCGGCCCGUGCCCAGGCCGAGGCCGCCGAGCGCGAGGAGGCUGCCCGCCGUGCCAAGCAGGAGGAGAUGCAGCGCAUCCAAACCGAAGAGAAGAUCGCCUCCAUGAAGCGCACUGCCGUUGGUCAAAAGAUUAUUGCCGAGCUCAAGCCGGAGGAGAUUAAAAACCUCGACGCCGACGAGCUUCUUGCCAAGCAGGUCCGCCAGCUCGAGAAGGACCGUCAGGACAUGCUCAACCGCACUCAGGCCACCGAGCGCCGUCUCGACCACUUUGAGCGUGCCAAGCGCCUCGAGGAAAUCCCGCAGCUGCAAGCCGACUUUGAGGCCUUCAAGGUCAAGGACAAGGAGUGGUGGGCCCAGCAACAGGACAAGUUCCGCGAGGCACAUCGCCAGACGCACGCCACCGAUCUCCAGAUCAAGCAGCGUCUCGCUCGCAUGACUGCCGACAAGGACAGCUUUAUUGCGCUGCUCAACCAGCGCGCAGAGGUCGAGCACCGCAACGCUAUUGAAAAAUUCGAGGCCCGUGUUGCCCGCGUCAAGGCCGAGCGCAAGGAGGCCAAGCGUAUCGAGCUCGAGAAGGAGGCCGCUCGUCGUCGCGCCGAAGCCGAGGCCCGCGCCAAGGCGGAAGCCGAACGUGCCGAACGCGAAGCGCGUGAAGCCGCCGAACGCGAGAGGCAAGAAGCCGCACGCAUUGCUCGCGAGGAAGAGCGCAGGCAGCAAGACGCCGUUGCCGACCGUCAACGUCAACGCAUGGCCGAGAUUGAAGCUCGCCAGCGCGAUUCCAGCCGCGACAGCGACCGUCCCGAGCGCCCCGUGUCCACCUGGCGCACCACUGGCAUUCCCUCGUCGGCUGCCAGCAGCGCUGGUGGUGAUCGCGAUUCUCGUGAUUCUCGCGAUUUCCGUGAUUCUCGUGAUUCUCGUGAUUCGCGUGAUUCGCGCGACUUCCGCGAUUCUCGUGAUUCGCGUGAUUCGCGCGAUGCUCCUCGUGAGGACCGCUGGCGUCAGUCCGACGCGCCGCCUGCACGCUCCGAAGGCUCCUGGCGCCCACGCGCUGAAGAGCGCAGCGACGACCGUAGCGAGCGCCCUGCUCAAGAGCCUUGGCGUCCCAGCCGUCGCGAGGAAGGUGCCCCGCGUCGCGAAGAAGGUGCCGGCUGGCGCGACAGCGCUCGCCGCGAUGAUGCCCCGCCCUCUCGCUCUGAUUCGGGCCCGUGGCGUUCCGCCCGUCGCGACGAUGGUCCUCCUGCCCGUUCUGAGGAGGCAUGGCGCCCCAGCCGCCGUGAUGAUGGACCUCGUCGUGAUGAUGGUCCUCGCCGUGAUGAUGGUCCUCCGUCUCGCUCUGACGAAGGCCCGUGGCGUCGUCGCACUGAUGAUGGCCCCCGCCGUGAUGAUGGCCCCCGCCGUGAUGAUGGCCCUCGCCGUGAUGAUGGCCCUCGCCGUGACGACGGUCCUCGCCGUGACGAUGCACCUUCGUCCAACUCCCAAUGGCGUCGUGAUGAUCGCCCGCGAAAUGACGCUCCGCGUGAGCAACCGCGCGAUCAGCCGGCUGCCUCCAGUGACGGUUGGACGACUGCUCGCAGCCGUCGCUAA